AUGACUCUCCCGACAGUUCAGAAGAGAUGGGUUAUCAUGGGGCAGGGAAGAGGCCUUGAUGAGUAUGACUUUGCCGAUGGACCAAUCCCUACAGUAGGUGAAUAUGGAGUUUUAAGCAAUUAUAUAUUCAAUCUAAAUCUUCCUGUUGUCGGUGGAUCUGAUGGAGCUGGUGAAGUUGUUGACGUUGGACCAAAAGUCACGAAGUGGAAGAAAGGAGAUCGAGUUACAGCCCUUUUCAAUCCAGGACAUCAAUCCGGCCAGAUGACGAUGGCUGCAUUGCACAAUGGCAGUAUAGGCGGCUCUUAUGAUGGCACUUUUCAGCAAUAUGGAGUGUUUGAAGAGUCCUGGCCAGUACGCCGAGCCUCUAAUUUGUCAUAUCUCCAGGGUGCAUCACUCUCUGAUUGCGGUGUAACAGCAUGGAAUGCACUUUAUGGGCUAAAGGCCGUGAAGCCAGGUGAAUGGGUGCUGGCUCAAGGUACUGGCGGUGUGAGCUUCUUUGCGAUUCAGUUUGCAAAAGCAGGAGGUGCUAGGGUCGUUGCUACAACCUCAUCUCCCGCGAAAUAUGAAUUGCUCAAAAGCCUUGGCGUUGAUUAUAUUAUUAAUUAUAAUGAAGAUAAACACUGGGGACGAACGGCUAGAAAGUUUACGCCCAAUGGUGAAGGAUUUGAUCACGUUAUCGAUGUCGGCGACACUGACACAUUAUCUCAUAGCGUACAGGCAAUUCGGCACGCGGGCAUUAUUACUGUAACUACUCCGUGA